AACAAAGGCCGAUCCACCUGUCCCGGGUAGCUAGGAUUACCUGCCAAAACAACACGGCAUUCACACAGAUCGCCUUCCAAAGUGACACGGAGACCCAACACAAAGGGGAAAGGAAAACAAUAUGCGUGCCGGGUCCGUUAGUAUCAAUGAACCAGGUGAGACGGCAGGGCACCCCCUCUGAGCCGCCGCGAAACACCGGGAAGGGGUUUAUAUUUAGGAGCAGCACCGCUACGUUAGCUAGAACCUAUGCUCAAACCUGCCGAUAACACCCCAGGCCAGGCUGCAUAGCACAUGCCGAGAGGGCGGCGUUCCCCAAGCUUCGUGUUGCCAGGGGCGGAGUAAAAUUUCCUGCUGAAGGUCGGAGCCAUGUUUCUGGAGGUGAAUGAGAACAAGAUGAGGGUGUCCAGUAACCACCUGGGCGGGCUGGCCCCGCAGUUAAAGCGCUACAGGAGCCAGCCGACCAAGCCGCUGGACCUGACCCUGAAGCCGAGUGAGACUCUGCCCUCACACAUCGCCACUCUGGAGUACUUCAACAGGAAAAACCUGCACAGUGUCGAGACGGAGGUGCACAACCCGCUGCCUUCACAGGACACUAUCAACGAAGAGACUGGGCUCCUGCAGUGGAACACCAAACCGUGGCAAUACGGAGUGACGCUAGCUCACUUCUCUUACGCAGACGAACCAACUCCCGACGUCGCACAACCUUCUACACAAACCGCUAUAAAAUCAACCGAAACUGAUCAAACACUUCCACCUGGUGAUGACACAACUACACAAACUGAGACAGUGGAAGAAAACAGGGCUGUUUCAGAAGGGAAAAGCAAAGAAGAUAUUGUUGCAUCCGCUGCGAAAAGGUCCUUCGGGAUGGCGGUAAGGGACGUGAAGUUCGCCACGACGCCCAAGCUGAUCUGUAAGGUUCUUCAGGCGAACCAGGUCAUGUUCUUUCAGGACGAUUUCGCGGAGGCCGCCAUGGAGAUGGAGAGGAAGUCGCGAGUAGAGUAGGCAGGGAACGAGACUGAAUAGUGCAUGGGUGAGAGGUACGG